CAUAAAUCCCAGCUCGCCAGCUGUCACUUAACCUCUCAGCUGUGUUGAUUUCAAGAGAAUUGCACGUUUUUACUUCGAAUUUCAUAGUUUGGUGCUUCAAAAAUACGAUCUGAAAUGCCGCCGAAGAAAGUGCAAGAACCCGAGAGAAAGCCUAUGAUAGGCCGAGUUGGUACCAAUCUCAAAGUUGGUAUUGUGGGAGUGCCCAACGUGGGAAAAUCCACUUUCUUCAAUGUUCUGACGAAAAGCUCGGCAGCUGCGGAGAAUUUCCCAUUCUGCACCAUAGACCCUAAUGAAAGUAGGGUUCCAGUACCAGAUGAGAGAUUCGACUAUUUGUGUGAAUACUUUAAACCACUAAGUAAAGUUCCUGCAUUUUUGAACAUCGUGGACAUAGCUGGCUUGGUAAAAGGAGCAUCCGAAGGUCAAGGACUGGGAAAUGCGUUUUUGUCGCACAUCAGCGCCUGUGAUGCGAUUUUCCAUCUUUGCCGAGCGUUUGACGAUGAUGACGUAAUACACGUAGAAGGUGACGUCAACCCUAUAAGGGACCUGGACAUUAUUGGGGAAGAAUUGAGACUGAAAGACGAAGAAGUUUUGAUGAAGAACCUGGAAAAACUGGAACGGACAGUGUUACGUGGCGGGGAUAAGAAACAGAAACCAGAAUAUGAUGCACUGGCGAAAGUAAAAACUAUUUUAGUUGAUGAAAAGAAACACAUACGGUUUGCUGAUUGGGAUUCUAAAGACAUUGAAGUAUUAAAUCGGUAUUUAUUCCUGACCUCCAAGCCCUGUAUAUACUUAAUUAAUUUAUCAGAAAAGGACUACAUCAAAAAGAAGAAUAAGUGGUUGAUCAAAAUAAAGGAAUGGGUUGACAAAAACGAUCCAGGUGCUCUCAUCAUUCCAUUUUCUGGAGCAUUUGAACACAAAUUGGUGGAAGAAUUUGUUGAAGAUCCAGUGUUGCGGAAGAAAUAUUUAGAUGACAACAACACGACAAGUGCCCUGGAUAAGAUUAUAGUUCAAGGAUACAAGGCCCUUCAAUUGGAGUAUUUCUUUACAGCUGGACCAGAUGAAGUCAAAGCUUGGACAAUUCAGAAAGGAACUAAAGCGCCACAAGCUGCGGGCAGAAUACAUACCGACUUCGAGAAAGGUUUCAUCAUGGCCGAGGUGAUGAAGUUCGCUGAUUUCAAGGAAGAGGGCUCUGAAGCGGCGUGCAAGGCCGCUGGAAAAUAUCGACAGCAAGGUCGUAACUACACGGUGGAAGACGGCGACAUCAUCUUCUUCAAAUUCAACGCCGGCGCUGGGUUGAAGGACGCCAAGAAGAAAUGAUUAACGUUGAACGUAACUAUGGUCAUCAUGGUUUAUCUCUACGUCAACAUGAUCUUUUUCUACGCCAGCAUGAAUUGUUAAUUUAUUUUUUAUCCCUGUUACUUUGUACGCUUUUUUCUAAUAUUCUGUCUUGUUUAUAGGUACAUACAUAAGUCGCAAAUUAAUUAUGGUACAGUAUAUAAUGUUUAUAAUAAAGCGUAGUACUCUGGUUGA